AUGUCCCCACCGACAAUCUCAGCAAGUCGCGGAGGCACGCUGCCCGACACCGAGGCGAUGGGAAAAGACCAGGAGUCCCAGUCCAGCUGGCUGCAGAAGCGAAGCAUUAGCGCGGAGACUCGUAUCAAUCUCAAGAAGCUAUCACAUGUCCGCUACCAACACCCCAACCUAGAUGAGAUCCAUCAGUUCAUGCUGGACUUUGGACUUCAGGUUGCGCACCAGACCGCCGAACACAUCUGGUACCGCGGAUACGGCCCCGAUCACUACGUGUACUAUGCGCAGAAGGGUCCCCGCAAGUUCCUGGGAGGCGCCUUCGAAGCGGCUAGUCUAGAAGACUUCGAACGAGCAACGGCUUUGCCCAACGCCGGUCCCGUGCAAGAGCUGGCAGAUGCUCCAGGCGCUGGCUCCCUGGUGACAAUCACCGACCUUGAAGGAUUCCCCAUCAACGUGAUCUAUAACCAGGAGCCCAUCAAUCCUUCCCGCGAACAGUCACCACGAGAGAAGAUCGUUCUGAACUUCCCGAGCGAGAAGCCCCGUGUAAGACAGUUUAACCGAUUUGAACCCGGACCAGCUGCAGUUUACAAGCUGGGUCACUUCGGCCUUUCAACGCAGGAUUUCGAGUCUCAACUCCAGUUCUACACCUCCACCUUCAACAUCGUGCCAACGGACUUUGUCUAUAUUGAGCAAAAUGGCCAGCGAAUCCCCGUCACGGUGUUCAUGCAUCUUGAUCUGGGAAUGGAGCCCGUAGACCACCACGCGUUCUUCCUCGGCGCCAACCCGAAAACAUCGCGCAUCCACCAUUGCUCAUUCGAGGUCCAUGACUACGACACACAGCAGCUAGGCCACCAGUGGCUGGUCGAGAAGGGAUAUCAGCCAGCUUGGGGAGUGGGUCGUCAUGUGCUGGGAUCUCAGAUCUUUGAUUACUGGUGGGAUGUCUCGGGCAAUAUGGUCGAACACUACGCCGAUGGUGACUUGGUGAAUGCCGACACGCCGAUUGGAUACGUGCCUGCUGGGCCGGAUUCGUUGGCGAUUUGGGGGCCUAAAGUUCCCGCUGCGUUUCUGGAGUAA